AUGAGCUCCCCUGCGGGUGGCACGGAGCUUGGCGCCGAUUACACGGAUUGGAAUGAGGAAAUCAUGAGUCUGGGGUUCCUCGACUCCUUGUUGCCUGAGCCCACAGGUCCGGCAAUGGCGCCACGUGACGCGACACCAAUCCUGCAACCCGCCAUACCGAUAUCGCUUGUAGCUGGGGAUUCGGUCAAGGACUAUGGAGCUGACCCUCAAGGUUCGUCCGUCGUUACAGGAUGGCAUGUUCUUAGCAAGGAAAGCUUCGAAUUCCUUCUCAACUUUGAAAUGGGUGGUGGCAUCAACCGGGUGUUCAACUUCAUGACCUCCCUAGAGCAGAACUACCAAAUCUUGAACUUUGAAAGUCUCCUCCCGUCAACUAAUUCACUUUAUGACGGUCUUCUAACUGACAGGGAUUUCUGGAAGUCCAGGGAGUCUAGCAGCUCCACAAAAACCGUCGAGUGGCUAUUUGAUCCUUUAUUACCCCAGGCAAAAGCCAUUUGGGAGAAGCUCCUCAAGAAACCCCAGGCUCAUGAAAACGGGAUCUUAUUUGAUGACCAUGACCUCAAUUUCAAUGAUAGAUGUAUUGAAUUCUUCAAUCCACGAAACCUGCGGAGGCUGCUGGAUUUAUACUGGAAGAGAUGGCAUACACAUUGCCCGAUCAUACAUGAGUCCAGUUUUGAUCUCUCUCAGGUCCCGACAGACAUGGUUAUGGUUCUGAGCCUCCUAGGCGCCUUCGUGUCCUUUGAUAAACAGGAGGCUGUAAAGGCCCGACAAUGGCUAGACGCGACUGAGAGUUUACUUUUUUCGACACCAUGGUUAUCGAGACAUGAUUUUGCAAGGCAGAUGGAGCCGCCGCUGACGCGUGAAACAAAACUGAGGUUGAUGCAAACUGCACUCCUUGUAUGCGUGUUGCAAACGUGGGAGGGGACCGAAUCCUCCCGAUCCAGAAUCAGAGAGCUGCGGUACCCUCAUCUUGUACAGGCAUCUCGGGAAGUAGAUUGUCUUUAUCCGGAUAUUGAACACAAGAUGUCGCUGCACAGCUGGAAAGAGUUCAUCCUUGACGAGCAAGUGAUUCGAACGAAAUCUUUCAUCUUCCUGCUUGAUUCCGCUUUCUCAAUCUUUCAUAAUAUGCCUCCUCACAUCACUGUUUCGGAUCUAGCGUUCCCAUUCCCUUACCCCGACCCGUGCUUCCGAGUUCAUAACGGAGAAGCAUUCUGGAAAGCUGUACAGCAGCAUAGUCCAGAUUAUCCGAAAAUAAGGCGAACACAUAUCUGCGACGCCGUCAAAAUGCUUUGCGAUACCGAAGCUUUGAAUACUCUUUCCUGUCCACCGGAAAUGCCAGCAUUGAAUGGGUUCAUUCUCAUUUCAGUGUGCCAGGAGAUGUCCUGCUUUCUCUCCCCAACCACUGUCGCCUCACUUCGUCGUUCCCUGGACAGAUGGCUUCGGAUGUGGAAAUCUGGCUGUCCAUUCAAUUCGCAUUCUAGCAGCGAGAUUUAUUCUUCUCUGGAUCAGCCUUCCGCUUCCACUGGGUUCACUCGGCACUCGUACGAAUACUACUGUUUAGCAUUAGCUAAACUUGAAAUAAUGGGUAAGUCUCCAGAACAGAGGCAUAUUUUGCUUGCGAAUGGGCUUCGCAAGGGCAAUGUUAAGGAUCUCAUCUGGAACUUGAAACGGAUGUCCUCUGCCUAUGUGGAUUAUUCAGCAACGGGAGACUCUCACCCCCAAACAACCGCAGAUUGA